UGAUAGGAUUGGGGCAUAUUUAGUAAAUUCAACAAAAACAUGACUUUGCAUGAGUCGAGUUGGUUUGGAUCACAUCCAUUAUAUAUGGGAUGGACUAAUGAUAACAAGGCUUAUGGAGUACUUCUGGAGAAUACAUAUCCCAUGCAAUUGGUCACUAAUAGUCGACCGAGUCUUACGUUCAGAACAAUUGGCGGACAACUCAAGUUUCACUUCUUCUUAGGCCCCACACCGAGGGAUGUCUACCAACAGAUAACAGCUGUGGUCGGACAGCCAACUCUACCGCCAUACUGGGCGCUCGGCUUUCAUAUGUGUCGCACAGAAACCGAUGACACGAAGGGAACGAAUGCUAGGUUAGGGAUGUUUGAUAACGAGAUCCCAUACGAGUCGGACUGCUAUACGGCUGCCUAUGCCGGACAGAACUCCAGAUACGGCGAACUGGUGGGCCAAAUGUUACGCGACAAUAAGGAGGGCUCAAACCGCUUGAGGUCACUUCUGGUUCAGGCGCCCCAUCGCGAGCACGUAAAGGAGACCACCACUCCCUCCCCGUCUCCCUCUCCGUUAGAUAUAUGGCUCCUCCAAAAUUCACUAACCAAUGCCAGUGACCACAAACUAUAUAUCGGCAAAUUUUAUGACUGGUUAUCUUCUGAGGAGGAUCCCUAUAUACCGGUCAUAUAUCCGAGCUAUGCGUCACCAGAUAAGGAUGAAUUAUUUAAAGCGAUGACCGAUGAAUUCAAAACAAUUGGUAAGUUUGAUGAGAAAACAGAAGACCCCAUAAUUGAUGGCAUAUUUGUCGACUACAACACACCUCUGGAUCUCCGAUUGUCCGAUACGUCUGAUGUGAAGGAAACUUGUAAACCACUUCUCGAUAAUAACCCCUGGAAUACACUUUUCUACCAACAACUCAAUGAAUACACGCCAUGCCUUGAUUUGAUUUAUCCCGACACCAAAGUGUCGCAUAUUGGACAAUUUGGAGGGCAUAUCGGCACAAACAUGGUGUCCAGUUGGCCAAUGCUGGUCCAAACAAUAUACCAGACACUGGAGUUCAAUUUAUAUGGCAUUCCACUCGCAGGCUUUCCCGUCUGUGGCUUCAAAGACCUAAGCGAUACAAUCGAUGAUGAGUUAUGUAUUCGUUGGUAUCAAUUGGCAGCAAUGCAGCCCUUCAUGAUAUCGCACCGGGAUUAUGGCGAGGACCUCACUGAUCCCAUAUCACUGUUUGGAAAUGAUAAGAAACUAGAGGGAAAAUUAGAGACAAUCAAAAGUGCAAUUGUUAUCAGAUAUAGACUACUGCCAUAUCUCUAUACACUAUUCUAUAAGGCGUCCAAAAGGGUCAGUCCCGAUGAUAAGAUGAAAGGUAUGGGUGAGCCUGUAGUUCGUCCCCUUUUCUAUGAGUUCGAAAAUGACACCAAAACCUGGACACUCGACAAACAGUUUAUGUGGGGCUCAGCCCUUAUGGUGUCUCCCGUGACAGAAGCGAACGCCAAGAAUGUGAAGGCAUACUUCCCCAAAAGCAUUUGGUAUGACUACUCAAGCGGCCGAAGAAUCUCCUCGAAGGGACAAAUGGAAAGCCUGUCGGCCGUCGAGAGUAAUAUAAAUCUUCACAUCAGAGGCGGAUAUGUUAUUCCCACGCAACCGGAGACCAAUAAUACGGAUCAGUCGCGACGUAAUCCCUUCACAAUCAUUGCGGCACUCAAUCAGAAUUUUACGGCUGAAGGGGAUCUGUUCAUCGAUGACGGCAUUACUGACAACUUGACCACACUCAUUGUCCACAUUUCAGUGGUUGUCACCGAAAAGGAGAAGGACAGCCAUACGAGCGGUGGUAAGACAGCCGGUGGCGCCAUCAACAUCACCACCACCCCCACGGGCAACAAACCCCCUAAUGUGAGCACUCAAGUGGAGAUUAUUAAGGUGUUCGGUGUGAUCGACCCCUUGGAUCCGCCAGUGUUUCACAUCAAUGGCAAAGAGGAACCCGAAACGGAUUUCACUUAUGAUUCAAAUUUAGGUGUUUUGUCGCUCAAGAAUCUGACGGAAUUCAUUGACUUAUCUAAGAACAAACAGUACUCCAUCACCUGGACAACUAAGACUUUUGCCGAGAGGUAGGCAUUAUAGGACUGGCGUACAGAUAUAGUCUACUUACAGUUAUAUUGGGAUGUGCUUGAGUUCAGUUGUAUAAAUGUGACAAAACUUAUGAAAAUAGUAUAGAAAAUAUUAUUUAAUAAAUAUAACCAUAUGAAAUACUUUCAAUAUUAGUAUAAAUCAAAUUAUAUACACAAAAGUCAUUUAAUAUAAUGUAAAUGUCAUUCAAAGGCA